AACUUGUGCUAAGUAAGUUAUUUAUAUAAAUUAGUAGGUCUUAAUUUGCACCUGCGCAUCCGGUCAGAAGGAAUGCUGGGAAAUGCAAAAUGUCUGCAGCCUGUCGAUAGCGGGAAUCUCCGUUUUUCAGAGUGCCGUUACACGGAGCUGCUUGCUGUAAGGCCAAGCCAGUGCAUGUGAUGGUGGAGGUAUAGGAAUGAGGACGCGUUGACUGUCUUCAUUGUGGAUAUCAUCAGGGCGAGACGGUAGACUUGAUGAAUUGUUUACGAUCGCCUCUUUGAAGAUACUCUGACAACAACGUGUCAAACAGUCGAAGCAGAACAACGCUGUCGUCAAAUCCACAAGAAUCGACAAAAGAAAACUUGAAGGAAAGGUAUUUUGGAAGUGGCUGUCAACAUAACACUCAGAACACGCACCCUGAGGUGGGUCACAUGACCUGGCGACAUCUAAGGCUGUGGUCUUGAGGUCAUGGAAAACAAGUUGACUGCCUCCAAAAGAGUCCUGAGGAGUUCACGUCCGACAACUCUAACGUCCUGUGGACAGGAGACGGCUUGGUGCCUUUGUGUUUCACGUCCCUGAACCUGUAUGAACAUCUGUGUGUGUGAUAUUGGUUUGCCGUGUGUCCCUGUGGCAGUCCAUCAUCUGAGCCUCUUCUGUCUCCACAUGUGUGUCACGUCUGCCAACCAUUAGCGUCAUCGAACACAAACGGAGUAAUUAGGAAUAAGUGCUCAAAGGUGCAACUGUUGGACCCCUAGAACCUCCUAGAAGAUCCCUUCCCACAAUGCUUUGCCACAUCGUGAGGCCGUCUUUCCCACUGCUGGAGCCCAACUGUUGCCCAACGUGCACGUCUCUGUAAAUAGAAACGGUGCUGCUAACAGGCCGUGUGGGCAACCUGUGUUUUCAGAGCGGGCCUCAGUGAGUGCUGACUGGUCCUGGAAGGGAUUAUUUUAACCAUGUGUACGGUUGUGUUGGACAAGCAGAGGGAAGAGAGGAAACGCAGCACGGUCGAGGAGCUGAAGGAGGGAAAGUUCCCUCCUAACCCAGCACUUUGUCAUGCCUGCAUAUCAUUCUGAGAAAGAGGUUUUCCUCAGCGACCAGCAAAACCUGCUGUAACCUCGCUAACCCACGGCCCACCGCCGCCACCUCCACCCUUCCUCGCCCUCCAGGAGAGAAGCUGAGAAUCGAUACUCCACAGUCUGAGGGAGUGAGCGUGCCAGCCUUCGUAAGCUGAGAAUGGUUCCACCUAAUAAUUAACACUGUUUCCCGUCGCCUCUGGAAUGUCAAGGAAAAAUCAACAUUCGCUCCAGUUCAGGCAAACACCGUGCGCUGAACACAUUUGUUCACAUGCAAAGAGAAAGAGCGUGAAUGCAUGGAGGAGCGACUCCUGCAGAGGAGGUGCUCUGUCUCACAAAGGAGGACAUGGACCAUGGAGGGUGAUGGAGAAGCUGCAGCCAUCAGGCGACGGUGGGAGACAUCGUGGACUGUUGAUCCAUCUAUCACAGCCUACCUGAGUUGUGUUCAACUCCCUUGCACGCCUGCACUUCUCUCCUCUCCGGCAUGGAUUUGGUUUGGAUUGUGGGCUUCGUUGUGAGCGUGUGCUCCUGGUUCUCCAGUGCGGAGCGGCACAGCGUCUACUGGAACAGCACCAACACAAAGUUCCUUUGGGACAACUACGCUGUGGAGGUGAAGCUCAACGACUACCUGGACAUCGUCUGCCCCCAUUACCCCGAGGGCGAGGUGCCACUGCUGGACGCGGAGCGGUACGUGCUCUACAUGGUGGAGCGAGAGGACUACGACGCCUGCAAACCCGAGUCGUAUGACCAGAUGAGAUGGGAGUGCGGACAUCCGUUCGCUCCUCACGCCCCUGAGAAGUUCUCUGAGAAGUUCCAGCGUUUUACUCCGUUUACUCUGGGAAAGGAAUUCCGCCAAGGAGAAAGCUACUAUUAUAUCUCCAAGCCUUUGCACCACCAUGGAAAAGAGUGCCUGAAGUUAAGGGUGGACGUCGUAGCUGCUGAUGGCUCUCAGGAGGCCCGAGUGGCUAAAGGAGGCACAGGUGGGGUAGGAGCCGGGGGUGGGGUUCACAACCCCUCCAACAGAUUACCUGCAGCAGACGACCCCGUGGUAAUCCUGCCAGAUGUCCAGAAGAGCGUACGGACCAGCUCCGCAGCAGCUGCAGCUUCAUCCCUCUGGAUCAUUUCACUGCUAGUCCCACUUACAUUACUGCUGCUGUUGCACUGAGGGCACAUGAGAGGACUGCCGUUGGCAGGCUGUUUCUGGUUUCUUCAGGGACUAGAAUGAAGAAGACAGUUGGUCCGUGGGGUUGGAACCACUGACUUAAAAAGACCGGUGCUGGCCACACAGGGAGGACUUUGGAGGCUUGCAAAGCACAGAUGGACUCGCCUGCACAAAAUGUGUGGAGCGACUCUUGAACAUUUGAGAUGGAGUGUGUCGACUUUGUCUCUUUUUUUUUUUUUUUUACGAAGUGACAGUAUUCCCCCCCUCCGUUUCUCCCCUUUGAAAAAGACCACGCUGCCCCUUGAUGUGUGUGUCUGUGGUUGAUAAGCCUGCCAGAAAAUAUGAAGAAGAACAAUCCAGAACAGAGGCACAAACUUCCCCCGAGAUGAUUUGACAUCCACACAGAUCCAUGGACGUCGAGUGGGAAAGUACAUUUUGAGCCAAAGACCAGUCGCCUCUCCUGCUCCUGCUCUUGUUUUUCCCACCCCAGAAUAUUGCGUACUGUUUGUCGUCUCGUUGUCGUGAUGGUAUGGAGCUGCGUCGGUGUCCUGCGUGAUUACUUUGUUUAAAUGUAGCAUUGACAACACACGGGGGGGGGCAGUCUUCACCACCGCCGUCGCUUUGUAAUCUCGACUUUGUGCUUAUUUACUGUAGCACUGAAACUGCACAGGUCACACCGUGGACCGUAUGUAAGAAAUGGAAGUGGCCGGUUGUCAAAGUGUGGCUGCAGAGUGCCAGAGAAUGACUGGAUGAGUUUUGAGAGUAACUUUAAUGAAUUUGAGUCCAAGAUUGAUUAAUAAUCCUCUCUGAACUUUUCACUGGAGUUUAGCAUCAACAUUUUACUUUCAGACAUUUUUCAAUUUCACACAGUCGUCAGUUUUUUCAGUCCCAAUCCCAUUUAGUGGGAAAAGGAAGGUAGAGGUUACAGAUGAUUGUCUUCAGUUGCCGGCUGCUGCUGGACACUCUGUUGGUCAGUAAGGUGUCCAUCAGCUGCUGCUCUUUACUUGAUCUUCUGUUUACCUCUGAAUGGGAUCAUAACUGACUGGAUUCACCACAUAUUUGACUCAAACCCACCCACAGAUCAGAAAGACCGUACGAUUACAAACACUCCACUGAUAAAGACUUACUUCCAUAACCACCUGAGCUCUUACAGUGGCACCACGUAGAAUCAUAUCAGGGUGAAAAUGAAUUCCAUUUUAUUUUGCUUUUUUUUUUCAUUUUUAACCCUGAAUUGAAAUAUUCCAAAAAUAUUCAAUGUGGCCAAAUUGAAUACGUUGCGUGGUGAUGACCAGAACAGAACAGAACAACUGUCCUUUAGACCGUCUCCACUCGACGUCCCGUCUGUCUGGAUCCAUUUCUUACAUGCAGUCUGUGGUAAAAACACACUAACACACACUUGACAUCAGUGUUACACACACACACAACAUAUUACAUUGUUAAUGUUACUUGUACAUUCUGUGAAGAUAAUUUAUAACAUUUGCAGCUGUUUUUACUGUAUAUACAUAGAGCUUUUGAAAGGAAAUGUUUACUGUUGGCAGAGAGAGAGAGGCUUUGUCUCUCUCCCCCACUCUCUCUCUCUCUCUAGUAUGGUGUGAAAGGAACAUAUAUGUGUGUUGAUUGUGUGGAAGCGAUCGAUUGAUUGCUGGUGUGAUGAGACAAAUGUUUUUCUGCCAAAAGCGAACACUGAGCUGUUGUGCGUCUCCCAGAGCGAGGCUGGACUCCUCUCUCUGUCGGAUCCUGCCGCCGUAUUGGUUAACACUGCCUGACACCGCGAUGCUCCUCAAAUCUUUUCUUUGUCUUCGCUGCACGACUGGACCCAGUGUUUAUCACGCUGCUGUCAUUCACGUCUCCAACCGCAGGCAGAAAACAAACAGGCAACUACGUUUGAAAAAAAAAAAAAAAGAAGCACAAACGAAUCGAGUAUGACA